AUGGCUGCCUUAAAAACUACCCGAUCCAAAAAUUCCUCGGCGAGAAAAUUGAAGCGCCAAAAACAGUGUCGUCGCAAGACAAAUAUGAUGAAGAAGGCAUCUGAAUAUAGCAAGAUGUGUAAUGCAGAUGUAUGCGUAGGUAUUCGCAUGCGGGAGACUGGUCAGGUGUAUAUUUUGUCGGCCGAUGCUUCAGGCUUUUGGGCUUUUCUUACUUCGCAAUUGAGCUCUCAUUACCCAACCCCGACUGUGAUGACGGAUCGUGAUUUGGAGAAAAGCAGGGAGGAGGCAGCUUCUAGGAAGCAACGAUAG